GAUAUGUGGUGUUGUAUAGGAGGGAGAAGAUGAGUUAAAGAAGCUGGGUGUGAAUUUGGAUCCAUGGCGGUGUUGAUAACAGGAGUUAGCAAAGGGUUAGGAAGAGCCUUAGCCUUGGAAUUAGCAAAUCGUGGCCAUACAAUUAUCGGUUGCUCAAGGGAUCAGAUCAAACUUGAUUCUCUUCAACAACAACUUUCCAACACUUCUCCAAAUCGACAUUUCUUCUUCAAACUCGAUGUGACAUCAGACACCCAUGUUCAAGAAUUCGCACAAUUUGUCGCCAAAAACAAUCUUGUUCCUCGUAUUCUUGUGAAUAAUGCAGGUUUGGCACAUAGAAGUGCAAAGAUAUGGGAACUUGAAGCAGAAGAAUUUGAUAAUGUGAUUGAUACAAACGUGAAAGGAAUUGCUAAUAUUUUGAGACAUUUCGUUCCCCUUAUGAUUCAAAACAACAAUGGAAUUAUUGUCAAUAUGUCUUCUGGUGCUGGAAGAUCUGCUCAUGAAGAUUUUGCACCAUAUUGUUCUUCCAAAUGGGCAGUUGAGGGACUAACUAAAUGUGUUGCUAAAGGGCUACCAGAUGGUAUGGCAAUUGUUGCCUUAAAUCCUGGCUCUAUACACACCGACAUGCUUGUUUUAUGCUGUGGUGAUUCAGCUGCCCAAUUUCAAUCUCCUCACAAAUGGUAUAUCCACGACUCAUAUCUUAUAUUCUUUUUAAUACAAUAUCCUUUUUUUCUUUUCGUAUUAACCUCAUUUUUAAAUAUAACAAAAUAUUUACUAAAUAUAACAAAGUUUCAUACUACUAGAUAUUUACUGUCAACGUCUUUUAAGUCCCAUUUUAAUGUGAAUGUUCAAAUUAAACAAGAUGCAUGGCCUAAGUGUAACUUUCAAAUCCAAAACCAACCUAAAAAGUUUUCAAAAAAGCGUCUAAGGGACACUUUAACUCUCAAAACAAUACUUACAUGCCCCGAGUGUGACUAAAGACAUGAAAUUUGGGAAAACAUUCAUAUUUUAAUCAAUAUAACAAAUAGAAAGAAUUGAAAACGAUAUGACCAUCGGGUAAAAGACAUACAAACAACAAAGAACCAAUAUAUAAUAAAGAUACUUGUUAACUUGAUAGGCCUUACCAAGUAAACAAUAGGCUUGGGCGGUGAGCAAUUGAAAAGUAUUGAGAAUCUCGACAUUAGCAGGUUUCCCAUCACCUAAACGAAUAUCUUUACCUUCCUCAAGCGAUGCCUUGACCUGAAAAAGAACAAAAUUACAAAUAGAAAGCAAAGCAAGUUCAAUUCGGCAGAAGAAACUGGGGGAACUACACAAACAAAAAUAAUUCAAUGGCAAUAAAUACCAAGGAAGAAAUCCUAAAUGCAGAAUAAUAUAAUAGACCUCUUCUAAUCUUCCUUUACGUUAGAAUAGGAUUAUGAAAAUCUUAUGGAGAAUUUUCCACAAUCUCAAACAAGAAGUUCAACCAACUUAUGGUAGCCACAUCCCAACAUAUAGAUCAGCUCAAAGCAAAGAAAUGUUACCCUUGAGGCCAUCUUCAAUCAACUUCGGAUGCAAACUUUCAUGAUCUCUGAUGCUCAAAGUACAAAGAAACAAACAAUGAAAAAAGCUUUAUAUUUCAUUAUACAUAUAAAAAUGAUAUCACUUAACAGUUACUCAUCAUUGGUGUUUCGAGUAAUUUAAUAAUUUGAACAAAAAAAAAAAAAACCAGAAACAUUUUGACAUAUAACAACAUUGAUGAAAUAUAUUAUAUCACCCUCAAGGUUAGGUUCUAAAAUUUAAAAGCUUUACUUAAAAGACAAGUUCAACAACAUAGUAAAACUUUCUUAGCUAUAACACAAUGGAAAAACUUAUCAAAACAUAUUGUAAUUAAUAAAACUCUGUUUUAAAUAAACUGGCUGUCCAACUCUUACUCCAUGUAAACACAUAGUACAUAGGCCCAUCAAGGACAACAACAACUUGAACCCGCUUCGGCAAACUAAACGACUGGCAGCAAUAAGCUUAGCUCUAGGAUCACGAUCAUUAACUAGGAAAUGAAAAUAUUAUGAAAACGAUAGUUGAAAGGCUAAGUGAGUGACCAACUGUAACAUUAUACUUAACUUAAACUUUAUUUCUCAGUUUUUAUAAAACAUUCUUAAAAUCAACUAUUAUACUACUUUACUCUGCAACUCAUCUAACCCAUUGUGGUAGACAUAAAUCGAUACAGACAAUGGUGGUCUAAAUGAAUUUGCUAUUUUACAACUUAUUAGUUUAACUCGCGAGUUCGGUAAGCCCACUUCUCAUAAUCAUUCUCGUGAUUUUGCUAGUGUAGUCCUCAUUCUCUUUCAUGUGAUUUGGGCAAACCAUAUCUCACUGUUAAUUUUGUAAUUUGGGGAAGCCAGACCUCACUAUUUGCACUCAUACACAUCUUUAAUAGAUUUAAGCAUAAAGCAUUUGUAAAGAUGAUCACUUCUAACAUUUUCUUUCAAGUAAAACAGUUAUAUUGAUAGAAAAAUACUUUUAAACUUAAAUUACUUCAAAAUCAUGCUUAUUGAUCUUAAACUUUGCUAAGUUAUUUACUUAGACUUAUACUUGUUCUACUAUAAGCUUUGCUUAACUUUUUGCUUAGAUUUUAACUUGGAAACUUUAAGAAAUCUCUUACCUUUAAACAAAUGACAUGCUUUACUAUUCUUUACUUAAAACAUACAGAUAACAUAUCUUGCUUAGUCUUUCAUUUAGACUCUCUUCUUAGCUUAUACUUGCACACAAUAAGUUAGUCUUCCUUAGCCAUCUUGCCUAUUACUUAAUUUAAAUACUUCCUCUUAAACUCUUAUACUUGAAAUUAUGUUUAUUUAUAAAACAGGUCGAGUUUCGUACUUGAUCAAACAUCUUUCUUAAACUUAUACUCUUAUACUAAAACAUACAUUGCUUAAAACAUGCUUUGCUUAUUGCAUAAACUUAUACUUACAACAUACUUUUGCAAAAUCAUAACUCGUGUUUAAAUACUUGAAAACUUAGUUUUAAAUUCAUGAUUUUCUCUUGCUUUUAAACUCAAGCUUGAUUAAAUCUUAUACAUUGCAAAUAACUUAGUAAAACCAUAUUCAGAAACCAUAUUCAGAAACCAUAUUCAGAAACCAUAUUCAGAAACCAUAUUCAGAUAACUCAGAGCAUGCUCAAAUCACUUAACUAGAAUUUCAUGUUUUAAAACAUAAUUCAAACUCGUUUUGUCACUAACAGUUUUAAGUCAUAUCCCUCCAGACUUGAGGACUUGCUCUUACUCUUCUUGACUUGUAAUUAUAGAAAUAAAUUCCUAAUUAAUCAACUUGAUCCUUAAAAAUUUUAAGUUUUGCUCAAAAUUUCAAAAAACCCAAAAAAAUUGCCUAUCAAUAGCACAAUGGCACACCUGGUGCGUGGCUGAGCAGAGACAAGUUGAACGCUGCUGCACAAUCCCCAUCAAGGUGCUAAGUCGCAUGCUAACCUCAUGUGACACUUGUUGUGCACCCACCAUGGGCGCUCCAAGUUUGGUCACAAGCCACUUCACGUGCACAUGCCUUGUCUCACGAUAGCAUCCCUAGUCAUAUAGUUGCACGCUAGACUUGUCCAAUGCCACACAAUGCCUCAUUACUUACCCUUUGCACACCUCUGCUCAUGCAUAACCUCCAAAUGCUCGACUAACACUAAACGUUGUUGCCCAGAUGCCUAGAUUUCUGUUAGUUCCAGAUUCCACUUUCAACCUUCAAAAAUCAUAACUAAGAAUUUAUUUAUCAAAUCAAAAACUUCCUUCAAAAAAGUUUCUUAGAAUCUUCCUAACUUUCUUACCUCAUAAUAUUAGCUUAAAAUACCAAGUAUUGGAUCCUUUAGCCUCAGAUCUUUCAAAGGUUGUUUUGAAAUAUCUAGAAAACUAACAUUUCUUACUUUUCUUCAAUUGAUGAGUUCUUUUUUAGAAACCUUCUUCUUUUGUAACCCUUACAAGAAAACUACACCCAAUUUAUAUUAUUUUGAGAUUUAAAUCAUAGAAAACGUACGAGCAAAAAGGAAGAACUAAUAAUAUGAAGUUCACUAAUAAGCAAUCGUGCAUGUCAAACUUGUGCCACCUCUUGCUUACCGAAAUUUAAAUUAAUUCAUGCAAGGCCAGUUGUAAACUACUCAACCAACACUGUCCCAAUGCCUCACAGCUCAGCAACAAGCCCUUAUACGAAUAGUUCUUGCUUUGACUCACAUAGCCUCUUUGAUCUAGUCACAAAGCCAAAAACUUAUGCCUUACUUGGCCAUCUAACACAUACACUAAGUAAGUUUCAUCCUUCUAAAAACAACCAGACAGAAAGCCUAGGGUUUACAUGAUUUAUGCUUGUGUUGGCAUCAUUUUACUUUUACUUUUCAUUUAAGAUAGGUAUUUGAUGGUGUAAUUUGAAAAUGUGUUUAUCGUUAAAUUUGUUUUCUUUCUUUGUCAUCCCAACUAUGGUUUUCAUGCCAUUUGAUGGAAAAUUUUGACCAAGCAAGCAUACUUGAUCUCUACAAGGCAACAACUUUAAAUUUAUAUUUUAGGAAAAAUGAGCUUCCUUGCAAACAAAGAGAAAUCUAGAAAUCAAUGUGGUGUAAGCUACGACCACUUCAAUGCUUACGUAAGUAGUAUUUAAUAAUGGCUAGAGAUCUUACUUGUCGUUCAUGUGUUCUUAUCGAUCUUAUUUAUAGGUUUUGACCCUCCUUUUAUUCUUUAUCCAGUUAGGGUUUGCAAUUAGUCUGCCUAUUUAAGGAUGGUCGACCAGUCCAACAUUAUUUUCUAGCGCUUUUAGAGCUUCAUCCAUUUAUUGGCUAAGCUUGUGUUGGGCUUAUCAACUGUGGCCCACUUUGACCAGACUCAUCUUCCUUCUAGUCUUGUUCUUCCCCUCUUCGUUUGUUAUUUGUUGAUGAUUUUGCCCCUUGACCGAAUCCACCCACAACAAAUGACAUCCUAUCUUCAACCUUCUCUUUUCUUUGUAUUUCUCUUCAUUUAGACUUCAUUGGGUGCUUAGACUUUUGGUGCUCUCACCUUUUCAUUGUCAAACGAGCUUAGGAUAGAGCUCCAAGUUAGGGCACUUGUGCUCUUUAGGGCUAUUUAUGCAAUGUUUCUCAAUUUGUUUGGUUAAUGCAUACAUCAUUUGAAAUCAUUUUAAUCUCAAAUAACAAUCCACCUCCUUAAUGCUCAAGGCUAACAAAACCAUCAAACAAAUAUAUAAAAUCGUGGAACGAGCACGAAUUGGGCCAAAAGAAAUAGCUCUCUGAAAGAGCUAUUAACGUGUUGUUGGUUUCUUUUGGUCUCGUCCUCCCAGGGAUAUGUAACAAAAGUUAUUGUUAAUUCUUUGAAUUAUUCAAUGGACUUUCUUUUUAGUUGUCUGAACCACUCCUUGGUUGGUCUUGUUAAGGUAAGGAGAAUACCCCACACUUGACCGUAUCUCGUAUUCCAUGAAGUUCCAUCAAAGAUUUGUAUGAAUCUAUGUGUUCUAAUAGGUCUUUUUACCUGUCAAUGGAUUUAAUUGAUGGGACCUUGAUUUUUUUUUUUUUUUUGGGCCUCUUUCUUCAUGAUUUCAUUGGUGGAUGGAGGAUCCACUUGCACGCUUUGUAGUGUAAUCCCCUUGUAGGCUUUUGAUUUCUAUUUGAAUCUUUUGUAACUCCAUUUUUAAAGAAACUUCUUGAGCCUCAAUCACAACCUCACUUCGAGUUUCAAUCAUUUUUAUUGCGAUGUUGUGUUUUUCCUUUGAUUUAAUUUUUUAAGUUUUUUAUAAAAUACAUUUUUUGUGAAACAUUUUUCUAAUUCAAUGUCAUAUGUGAGGGUUGGACUUGACCUCGACUACUUUCACUGUCAUACCCUCUUCCAAACCACCUACUUUUUUCCCAAGAAGGGGCAUGAAGCCAACAGAUACAGUUCUUCUACUAAAGAUAAAUGCUAACCCCUACUAGAACUAAAAUUAAACAUGAAAUAUAUCACAAAGUGGAAAUAUGAACACAUAGUGAAACCCAACUUACAAUAACUAACACAAGUUUGAAAUAUACAUAAGCACAUCAACCACAAACCAAAGUCGAUACAUCCCAAAGACAACCAUGUACAACCCACAUCUAAUACUACAAAAACAAUCUCCUGUAAAGACUAAAGAAAUACAACUAUACAACACAUACUAGUUAUGAAACUCAAGGAAACACUAGCAGAUAUGCCGAUGAAGUCAAAUGUCGGGUCCACGAUCUCUACCUGAAAAGUAAGAAAACAUUUUUGGAAAGCAUGGACUAAAGCUCAACGAGUGAUUGGUUUUAAAACUAAAUAUGCUUAAUAAAUCAUUGAGUAGUAAACAACUUAUACAUAUACUCUUAAACAACUUUCACCAAGCCAGGAUUUCAACAUUCUCAAGGAAGAAAUGCGAGCGAAGUUCUUUCAUUAAGGUGUCUCAAGUGUCUAUUAUACAACGCCCUUCUUGGAUUUCAACAUAGCGGGAUCUCCAUCAUAACUUGGCAUCCUCAGACAGAUCCAUAGUCGCUAAGGUCAUUUUGGCUUCUUUAGUUACUAUGCUUGUGGCCUUGAAGUAUUGAUCAAGGUUAAAGAUGAAGUUCUAUAAGCCCUUUGUAUCCCUUGCCCCACAUAAGGGCUUCGGUUCAGGAAUCUUUAUUCUGCUCACCGGGAUUGCUACUCCAAUUGUAGCACGAUUUGCCAUGGCUCGCACUGUGAGUUUCACCUUUGUGCUCACAUCUGCGAUUUCAUUCCUAACGACAUUGAGGGCAGCUCGAAAAUCCUUCGACAUGUUGUUUAUCAUUUUUAAAAGCGUCUUUUGAAAGCUAUCUAGCUCAAUAACGCAUUCCUCUAUACGGCCAACUGAGUCCCUCGAACUAUCCCCACACUCGUAGUUACCGGUUCUUCCAAAUUUUUCCUUUAGAGUGUCGAUUCUUGUCAACAACUCUUGUAUGGGUAAUUAGUCGAGACGGUCGGUCAUUGCAUCAAUUGUAUCAUCUUUCUCAAAAAUUUCUUCGAGACGGGACUCUAAGAAGUAGUUGGAGUCGAAAACUUAGACUAGGUAGAGCAUCUACUCUUCAAGCUCUACUAGUCAGUCUAUAUGGACCUUGUCAAACUGAUUCGUCGCAAACAUGUUUGUGUCUUAACUAUCAAUAAGCCAACUUAGGCUCUCAUAUCACUUGUCACAAUCGUAACCUUUCAAACACAUGACAGACGAUUGUGCGGCACUUGAGAAAAUUGAGCCUCCUUUCACAUUCUUGUGAAAAUCGCGAUUGUGCAGCACUUGAGAAAAUAGCAGAAAAAGUCGCGAUAUGAUGUAGCCUACCUUCACGUUCUUGAGAAAAUUGUUCUAUAAGACAUGAGAGAGAAAGAAAAUCAUUGAAAACAUCAUUAAAGCAAGCAUUGAAGACUGUCAAUUGCAAAGAAAGCUUUGGUUGCAAAGAGUGAGACAAGGCUUGGUCGAGGAUUCAACUACUGGGUGUCCCCUAUAGUACAUUUUGAACAUUUUUAGUUUUGACAGGCUUGCCUAUGAAUAUGUUGAAACGUCACACCCUAGGUCGACAACAUAAAAAGAAAAGUAAUAGACUAAAUUAUGUACAAGAGAUAAUGAGAAGGUGAUUUUGGGGUAUCUGAGUAUGCGGCCAAGCAAACAACAUUUUGGACAAACAUGCUUGUAACACUGGCCAUGGCGAUAGGUAGCACAUGCACUUGCACAGGCCCUCAGGACACCUGGCUGCAUGCUUGCCUUGCACUCAGCAUGUUGCACGCCUUGAUCACACAAUGUUGUGUCACACCUCUCCAUGGAUGCAUCCACACACCCAAUGUCACCUAGCUACGUGUUGGUCAUGUUGUUUGCCCACAACAAAGCUAGAAAACCUCUUACCUUUUAGACACGCGCACACCUACCACCUCAUGACCUGAUGUUCCAACCACCUUAAAACUUGCCUAGAAUCUGCGAAAUUUCCAGAAAAUCUCUUUCAACUUCAAGCACUAAUUAUUUUUAAUCUAGCCAUCAAAAUGAAAAAUAAGUUACUUCUUCAAAUUUGUUUAGAAAUUUUUUUAACUAUCUUACUUAAAUAAUUCAGCUCAAAUUCAAAGGGAUGCAAUCUGCGCCUUCAAACACUUUACACUACUCAAAACCCUUCGAUUUCUAGCCUUCCCUUCUUCCUUGAACUCAAACACUACAUUCCUCGCGUUUCUUUUCUUUGGCAACCUCAUCUUGACGAAUAGACUCUUUUAGCAAGCUUUUGCAAUUAGUUUGAGAGCAAAUACACGAGUGAAUUCUAAGCACUCUUCAAAUGAACUUAUCUUAAAAUAUUGCACUCUACAUGGCAAUUUUGUCACCUCCUUAUCACAAAACCAAGCUUUGCAUGCUAUGGGCACUUGUCAUCCACUCAACUAAUUGCCUUGAACACCUAAGAACCUUCUUAAAACACCUAGCAUCAAAGCUUCUUGCCUAAAACUUUCCAACCAAACCAAGUCGCCUUGCUAACCUCGCAAGCCUUGCCCAUAAAGAACACCAUGUGUCCAUCUCCUCGACUUGCCUCCAUGCUUAGCUUGCUUGCCCUCAAUCCCUAGUCUCCUUGCUUAGGUGUGCUUUGGCUGCCUAAAACAUGCCUUGUGAGGUUCUCACGCCACAAGCAUCACACCUUCCCUUGGCACUUAGCCAAAAAUCCUCAAGUUUUCUAUUUUCUCAUUCACUUGGCCGCCAACCUCUCAUCUUUUUAACACUUAAGACUUUCCUUCAACCCUUCCUUUAACAAGGUAACCUAAGCAACACAAACAACAUUAAACAUUAAACAUUAUGCUUUCUUAAACACUUAGAAAUUCUUAAUAAAAAUGAGGUUAGGGUUUACCCUCAAUCUUCACAAAGCUCUUAUGUAUCUAGGAUCUCACAUUCUUAGCUCUUGCUUAUGUUUUUCUUUAAAAUGCUAACCUUAUUCUCUCUCUCUUAUUUUCAUUUUUAGGAUCAAUCUCUCCCUUUACCUUUUGUUUUUUUGAGCAUUUUGAGAUUUUCUUUAUAUCCAGAUCUUCACCCAUUGAACUUUACCUUUAUUUUUUUCUUUUGAAGGAUUGACCUUGACCUCUAUUUUUCCUUCCUUCCCCUUUCUUAGGGAUUAGUCAUUCUUCUUUCUUUGAAGCAAUUAAGAAUCUCUUUUAAUUCGAGUUUGCCCUUCUUAAAAAUCCUAAGGCUAGCCUUAGCCUCGGAUUUUCCAAACAAACACGUUUUGGCACAACUUUGUUCCAUUCGCUAUCUUUCUUAUUUGUUGCUUUAGCAAGUGACUUCAAAAUCUUCAAUUUCUCUAGUUUGGAGUCAUAGAGAUCUAAUUUCUUUCAAGGUCUUACUUGUCUGCUAUUUCAGCAAGCCUUCCUUCUAGAAUUGUUGAUGAUGACAUUUUUAUUCUGAUUCGUCUCCAUCCAAAUUCAAGUUUAUGAACCUUUGACUAAUUCUAAAAAAGAACUUCUAAGUUUGCUUUUGAAUAUCCUUUUGACUUGUGUUGUUUUGAGGCUCGGCUUGCAUGCGAGACGCUCAUUAUUUAUCUAAUAUUCAUAUAAGCAUUAAAUCCUCGUUGAGUACAAAUUUUUCUAUCGCUUAUCCAAGUGUAAGCGAAACGAUAGGUUUUCUAGGUAAGUCAGGGUCGAACACAGGAAAUUGAUAUCAAAUCUUAGUUACAAUAUAAGGUAACGGUGUAUUUAAGCUAACCUAAUAUUUACACUAGAGAUUCUGUAAAAUAUGGUAAAAGGGGCGAUAAGGUGGAGAAUGAACUAACUUGUAAUGGGAAAAAGUGAAGGAAUGUCAUCGUGUUAAUAGGUAAUUAAGGCAUGUGGAGGCCCUAAAUGCAAUAGAAAUUAGUUAACUGUCUUUUAAUUAAGUCGAACACCUUUCAGUGCUUUGAAUACCACACUUGCUCACCUUUUAGGAUGCAAAUGAUAAAGCUUUGUUAAGCAAUCGCUAUCUAGAAAUGGUUGCUUAUAAGACUCAUAUUGUCUCUCUUUUAAAGGUGGCAACCUCUCAAUGCCAUAUCACCCACACUUCUCUUUUCGGGACACAAAUGAUGAAGGUUUAGUUGCCAAGGAGGAGUUUGUCUCCAAACGGGAGCUCUUGCUCAUAUUAGCUACGUCCUUGCUACUUGCUUUUUCGAGUAGUUGACGGUAAAUGUUGGCCAAGCGAUAAGUGAAGCUCAACUAACACGGUAACCGUUAUAAAUUAGACUCCUUAUGAAGAACUUAUCACAAGCCUAAGCUACUUAUAAUACUUUGAAAAAUAAACAGAAAUAGACUACUAAGAUUGAAGAUAAAUAAAUAUGUAAUGUAUUAAAGAAUGUACAUCUUCGGCCAUACAAUAUGAACAUAAUACAUUACGAUAAAGUACAAAAGUGGAAAGUGAAGAAAAAUGGAGAACACUACAGGUUAGGGGAAAAGAAAUGGUGGACUUCUCCUCUAAUCUCUCUCGAAGCUCUCUUUUACAAGAUUAACCAAAGAAGAAGGUAGAGGCUUUUACAAAAGGUGGAAAAGCUAAUCUUUUCCACCGACUCCAAUGGAGCUCUCUAGAUUUUGGUCCAUCUAGGCUAACGGUAGGUUAAUCCAUUGAGAAUUAAAGCUCCCACACCUCUCAUUUUCUUGAUGUAGGAGGAGGGUUUAUAUAGGCUACUUGUGGCAUGAAACGUCUAUUCUUUCUAUAUAUGUCAACGUUGUAGUAGUUUUCUCAUCAUUCUUCUAAUUUAGUCGACGCCGGUUGUCAGCGCCUCCUCAACCUUGUCAAGUCACAUCGACUCCAACUGCCAUUCUGCCUGUUGGUGAAUCUUUCUCACAUGCUGAUGUGGUUUCUCACCUAAAGAUAUUUAGUUACCAUGUAAGCUUCUUAUCGAGUCGAUUCACUAUCUUUAUCUUUUCUUCCUAAUCCUGCGAUAAGAUACUGUAAAAUAAGGUAAAAACAGGCAUGAAGACUUAUGUAACUUGUAUUCUCUUAUCUCUAAGAAUUUUUUAUAGAAGCCAUGCGUUUUGACA